AUGUCCACCACAUCCAUAAGCCUUGACCGUAGUUUCAGCUACGAAUCCGCGACACACUCUUACGAUAUCAAAUGGACAUCACUCGGCAGUCCAUCCUCCCCACCACUAAUCUUCAUCCACGGCACCCCGUGGUCAUCGAUCGUCUGGCACCAGUUCGCCCUUUCGCUGGCCCACUCUCAUCACGUCUACCUCUUCGACAACCCUGGUUUUGGCUCUUCGCCCCUUGGUCGACCUCUCCCUGGCGUAGCCAUCUCGGAAGCGGAGGAGUUGGAUGCUGAUUUGGCACGGCAGAGCGAGGUCUAUGCUGCGCUGUAUAAAUACUGGGAGCGGAAUAAAUCAGAGGGGUGGAACGGCCGAAACCCGAGCGUAGUAGCGCACGACCACGGCGGCCUGAUGGCCCUCCGUGGCCACCUCCUCCACGAUCUGCAGUACUCCAAACUAUGCCUGAUCGAUGUGGUCGCCAUCCCCAGUCCCGACGGGAGGAAGAAGCCUUUCUUCGAGUUGGUGAGUGAGAACCGAGGGGUAUUCGAGGACGAGCGGUGGAGUGAUGCGAACGGGAGGUUGUGGGAGGGGUUGGUGGAGGGGUAUAUUCGGGACGCGGCGUAUAGGGAGUUGGAUGCGGGUGUGAUGGCGCAGUUGAAAGAGCCGUGGACAAAGAGGGGGAUUGAGGGGAGGAAGGGCUUUGUGAGGCAGACUGUGGGUGCGGCGAGGAGGGAUGUUAGCGCUGUUGAAAGCAGGUAUGCGGAGGUGGCGGGGAAGAUGCGAGUGCGGAUCAUAUGGGGAGGUGAAGAUCGGUGGCUUCCUGCUGAGACGGCAGGGAGAUUGGCCGACGCGUUGGGGGAAGAUGAGGGAUGUGUAAGGGUGAUUGAGGAAGCUGGGCAUUUGAUCAUGUAUGACCAGCCGGCGAGAUUGGGUAUUGAGUUGGCGUUGUGGGCCGCUGAAAGCUAG